CUGGACAGGUUCCCACACAGCCGUAGCCGUUGUAUCCGGUGCCAUCGUGGUGGUUCAGGCGAUUGUGCUCCCAGGCGCCCUCCUCCGAUACGGGCUCCAUCGACAGAAUGAUGCCACGGACCAGGGCAAGACCGUCCAGGAAGAUCGUCCUGAACGGGAGCGGCAAAGCAGAACCCAUGUCGAGCUGGAGAAGACGGAUCCGUUCUACGUCCUGCACAGCUGCUACACAGACCAGUUCCGCUGGUGGAUGGCUGUGGAUUUGAUGGAGCGAUCGAUGAUCAUUGGGCUGCCGAUGCUUCUUCGGCCAGUCGGAGCGUACGUCCCCAUCUAUGUGACGCUAUCAACCCUGUGGAUGUUUCUGAUGCUGCGUGCCCUCAUGGCGCCGUACAGAUCGUCCAUCGAUCAUGCCGUCAGGAUUCUGGGCUAUUCAGCCCUUAUUGUCGAGUUUUCGUUUCAGCUGCGACAAAAGUACAUCACAGACCAAUAUGGAAUCACAGAAGGCGAUGUGUGGAUUGAGCAGAUGGUUGCCGUUGUGGUGCCCGCGGCGAUUCUGAUCCCCGUCAAGCUCUUUUCAAAGGUUCCUGUGGAGAGGAGACAGCAUCUGACCGAGCAGCUUCUCUACAUCUCACAAAAGUCUCUGAGAGUCCUUCCCAAAUCGCCGUCCAGCGAUUGA